GUAAAGGAGGGGGGUUUCCAGUGGAGUUGCUAAUUGGGGAGGUGCUUGUGGAAAUGUCGUCGAGAGGGGGCUCCGAUCAGCCGCCGCAGCGGAGGAUAAUGCGGACCCAAACGGCGGGGAAUCUGGGAGAAUCAAUAUUCGACAGUGAGGUCGUGCCGUCUUCUUUGGUUGAGAUUGCACCGAUUCUUCGUGUUGCCAAUGAAGUGGAAAAGAGCAACCCAAGAGUUGCUUAUCUCUGU